AUGCCAACUCUGUCCCAGCACCUCCUAUAUAGCGGUCUCGGCGUCACACUCGGCGCCCUGCUCGUCCUAUACCUCCCAUGCCGCUCCAUGAAGUUCACCUGGCGCGCCGAGCCCGGCCACGCGCGCUCCUUCGCCAUGCACGUCAUCGACCCAGCGGGGAACCCGACGCAGGAGGAAAGCUACACAUUACGAAUUCCGCUCCGCGAUUUGAAGCCUGGGCUUAAUGACGAGGAGAUUCUCGCGAGGUUUUCGAAAGGGUAUUUUGCGGGGGUUGUGUUUGCGCCCGAGAGGUGGAUUGCGCCAUUUGUGCAGGGGAUCAUUGAUCAUGAGGUAAUUGCAAGUGCGAGAGUCCUCAAGCCCCAGGCCCAUCUCCUUCUCGAGGCAUACAAGAUCGACAACCCAACCGCUAUGUCCCGCGACCGUCUCCCGCCCCUAGGCGCCUGCUUAUUCGGGCUCUACUACCUCGUCGACACAAGCAUUUGCAGCCCCGAGGAUCGAGAAUCAGUCUUCCCCGGCUCGAUGAAGAUCCCCCGACCGGCCCGUAGUUUUGUCGAGUACGCAGGCCGCACCAGCGGUCGGAGCCUCGCGGCGUCGCAUCGCUUCGAGGUAUCCAGGGAUGAUCCUACGGCGAAUGAUGAUGGCGAGGAGCACAUUACAAUUGUCUAUUCGCAUGUGCGGAGUAACCCCCUUACGGGCGGGAAGGUGUAUUCGAGACCGAUGACCGCGAUGCACGUUUGCUAUGCGCAUUUGUUGUUUGCGAAUGGGGUGAGGGAAGUAUUGAAGCCGUGA